AUGGGGAUCGUCUCUGCAGAAUCUGUCCCUGAGGCCAUCCUCUCAGUUGCAGAGAAAUCCCUCAGCCCUCAGCCGCUGUUCUUUGGUUUAUCAGGGCCGCAGUUAUCUCGCAUAGCUCGUGAGGUGUACGUACACCUAAGAAAUAACGGCAAGCAUACUCUUGCACAACAGGCAAAAGUACUUGUUGACCCUGAUGCUAUAGCCAAGGCGCUGCAGCAGCUGCAGCAGCAGUCGCAACUCAACCACCAGCAGCAGCUCCAGCAACAGCCGCCGCAGCAGCAGCAACAGCAGCAGCAUCAUGCAGGACCUUGUACUGCAACAUCCUGCCCUUGCUGCAUGCACAGAGCUGCCCUCUUGGGGCAUCAUGGGGGGCCUAUCCAGCCACAGAUCCUCCCGGUUGUGGUACCGCAGCAACAGCCUAUGUGGCAAGUUCAGCUGCCGCUGCAGCUGCAGCAGCAGCAGCAGCCGCUGCAGCAGCAGUCUUGCACUCAACCGCACCACAAACAGCACCCGCAGCUUCCCCACGAGUGUGAAUCUCACACACAACAUCUACACCAGCAGCAGCAGCAGCAUCCCCAGCAGCAGCAGCGCUCGGAGCAGCUGCAGCAACACCCGGCACAACCACAACAAGUGCAGGGAGAGGUGCAGCAGGAGCAGCAGCAGGAGCAGCAGCAGGUGCAGCCUAAAUCACGGAAGGCAUGCGUAGCCCGUCUGUUAUUUGCGAUAAUAGCAGCAAAGUUGGCGAGGGAUGCCAUGGAGAAUCUAAGCGGCAGCAGCAGCAGCAGCAGCAGCGACCGUCUAGCUUAUACUGCCGAUCCUUCUGAAGGAGGCAUGGGAUCUGUCUCAGUUGAAGGUCUUGCUGCUGCACUGUCUCCUGAGAGGGGAUUCUUUGCAGGUCUUCCUAAGGAUUUGCUGCAAUCGCUGCAGCGUGUUAUUUCUGCUGCAGUUGACGGCAUCAAUGCAGCAGUAGGUGCAGCAGGGUAUGCUCCAUUAACUUCUCAAGGGGGCCCCCGAGGGGGACCCACAGAGGGCUCCGAGGGGUUACUAGAUGGCCCAGCUGUAGAGCUCCCCCCUCUAUAUAACUCUAAGGCAGAACAAGGAGGGACAGAGCUCAGUAUACACGAGAAGUAUGCAGGAGAAUUAAUACAAAAACUUAUUAACUUAAAGAAUGCAAGAGGAACGGAGUCCUUAAAGCUGAAGGGAGCAACAGCAACCAGGCAGCAGCAGCAGGAACAGGAACAGCAACAGCAGCAGCAGCAGGAACAGGAACAGCAGCAUAGGCAAUGGGAGGGGGAACAGCAUAAGGUGCAGGUUACCGGUAGAGAGCACCUACAGACACAGCAGCAGCAGCAGCAACGGCAGCAGCACCACCACCACCAAAAUCGCCGUGCUAGUGUGAUACCACGGCCGGAUGAUGACGAGAAGGCUCUUGACGAAGAAUUCAAAGUUGCGUCAGUCUCCUGUCCUUGUGUCAUGGGAUAUAUUCGUGCUGCAGAGCAGCACAAGGGGGCAAACGUGCUCUCUAUAGAGCAGCAGCUCGCCUUCUAUGGUUUAUAUAAGAGAGCUACUGCUGGCCUCUGUCCCUCUAAACAGCCGUCGCGCUUCAACUUACGCGAAUAUAAGAAAUGGGAAGCCUGGAAGGCAUGCAACUCGAUGUCUGCGUUGGAGGCGAAGAAAGAAUAUGUAAGAAGGGCCCGCGAGGUUAAGAAGCUGCAUGCGCGGCUGUAA